AUGAUCAACAAGGUCGAUCUCCAGCGCAAGAUGCCAGCGGACCGAUUCAAUGUCGACGCCUUUUAUCACCCUGAUGGGACACACAAGGGCUCAACAAAUGCAAAAUAUGGCUACUUCCUUGACCAAGACAUCGGGCUCUUCGAUGCUAGCUUCUUCAGUAUCUCCGGCAAGGAAGCCACAGCCAUGGAUCCUCAGCAGCGUCUACUGCUUGAGGUUGUCUAUGAGGCACUUGAAAACGCGGGAAUCACUCUGGAUGAGAUUCAGGGCUCGCAGACAUCCGUGUACUGCGGUUGCUUCACUAACGACUACAACGCCAUGACCACCAAAGACCUCGAAUACUAUCCCAAGUACACUGUCACCGGUACAGGAAACUCAAUCCUGGCAAACAGGAUCUCAUAUUUUUACGAUCUCCACGGUCCCAGCGCGACCAUCGAUACCGCCUGUUCCUCGUCCUUGGUCUGCUUCCACAUGGGUGCUCAGUCUCUCCGUGCUGGAGAGGCCGACAUCGCCAUUGUGGUUGGUUCGGCGCUGCAUUUCGAUCCCAACAUUUUCAUCACGAUGACUGACCUGGGUAUGCUUUCCACCGACGGUCGCUGCCGCCACGGCGACGCGUCGGGUAGUGGUUAUGUCCGAGGCGAGGGAAUCACCGCCAUGAUUCUUAAACGCCAAAGACAAGCAGAGGCCAGCGGUGAUUCCAUCCGCGCAGUGGUUCGUGGCACGGGGGUAAACCAUGACGGGCGCAAGCAAGGUAUUACGCUGCCAUCAGCCCAGGCCCAGGCGGCACUGAUCCGCAGCACUUAUCAGAGCGCCGGGCUGGAUCCCGCUGAUACCACAUAUGUCGAGUGCCAUGGUACAGGCACCAAAGCUGGGGACCCUCGAGAACUGAGGGCCAUCAGCGAGGUGUUUUCUGUUGGACGCAGUGGGCCUUUGUACGUUGGUUCAAUCAAAACCAAUAUUGGCCAUUUGGAGGGUGCCUCAGGGGUGGCAGGUCUGAUCAAGUCCACUCUGGCUCUGGAACGAAAAAUCAUCCCUCCAAACAUGCAUUUCCACACCCCAAACGCUGAAGUAGAUUUCAAGGGCUGGAAGAUCGAUAUCCCGUCUAAGUCCGUUGAGUGGAAGGUGAAAGAUAGUACCACCCCUCGAAGGGUAUCGAUCAAUUCAUUCGGAUAUGGCGGCACUAAUGCCCAUGUUAUCUUGGAAGAAUACACAUCAAGCAGGACACAGCCACCGGCUCCAACAAUACCACAGCAUUUGGCUGACAUGACACGGAAGAGGCCGUACCUCGUUCCGUUGACUUCUCAUACCGAGAGAUCGGGUAAACUCAUGGCGAACAAGCUCUCCGAUUAUAUGCAGAGAAACCAGGAGGUUAAUAUCUCCACAUUUGCCAUGACUCUCUCCCGACGUCGAACAAUGCAUAGGUUCCGUUCCUUCGCCAUUGGCUCCAAUGCGGAGUCGUUGCUUAGCAGCCUAGAAGAGCCCCUGCCAGUGGCCCAAUGGAAAGGAAAAUUGGACCGUCUCCCUCGUAUUGGGCUUGUCUUUACUGGCCAGGGCGCGCAAUGGUUUGGAAUGGGGCGAGCUCUAAUUGAACAGUGUCCACUGUAUCUACAAACAUUGGAGAAAUGCGACCAAAUACUACAAUCACUGAGCCAGAACCGACCGACUUGGUCAAUCGUGGAAGAGCUUCUCCGCAAUAAAGACGACACAAAGCUGGGCCAGACUGAGUUUUCGCAGCCUAUCUGUACCGCUAUCCAGCUGGCGAUGGUGGACCUGCUGGCUCAGUGGGGCAUCAAGCCUUCCAGCGUCGUUGGUCACAGCAGCGGCGAACUUGCAGCCACUUAUGCGGCCGGCAUUCUGUCGUUCGAAAACGCUUUGGUGGCUGCAUACUACCGCGGCGUGCACAUGGGUGGAGGCGCGGCUGACCCAGACAGCGUUCCUGGAGCCAUGAUGGCAGUGGGAAUGACAGAGGCGGAAGUGGUCGCUAACCUGGAGCCCUACACUGGUCGCAUUGCCAUUGCCGCCAUGAAUAGCCCUUCCAGCUUCACCUUGUCCGGCGAUAGCGAUGCCAUAGAGGAGCUGCAAGGUAAACUCAGCGAGAGGAAGGUAUUUGCCAGACGUUUACAGGUCGCUCAAGCGUUUCAUAGCCAUCAUAUGUUCCCUCUUGCUCCAGGGUAUGAAAAGGCUCUGGAGGAGUACCCCGGAUUCAAGGCAAACAAGACUCCAGUCGCAUCCAUGGUGUCUAGUGUGACCGGUAGAAAGGCGGAUCCCAGCACGAUGGGUCCUGCAUACUUCGCUGCCAACAUGACAGGGAUGGUUAAGUUCUCUGAUGCCCUGACGGAGAUUGUACUGGAUGAGGAAGACCAGCAGAAUGUAGAUGUGCUUGUGGAAGUGGGCCCUCAUCCAGCACUCAAAGGGCCAUCAAAUCAGACGCUUGAUCAGCUCAAGCUCAAGAUCCCUUACAUUGCUACGCUAGAUCGGAAGCAAGAUGCAUAUGAAAGCCUUCUCGCCACUGCAGGGCAGCUGUUUGCCCUUGGCUACCCGGUGAACCUCGCAGAGGUCAACCGGGAUCACUUCAUCGACAGGACAUCCGGAAUACUUGUCAGCUCUGGUACACCGGCUACGAAGUUGGAACUGCCCACUUAUGCUUGGGAUCAUGAAAGAUACUGGGGUGAAACUCGCGUGAUCAAGGAGCAUCGGCUGCGUCCAUUCCGACACAGCAUCCUGGGUGCACCGGUGCCAGGAUCGCUGGCAAGUCGUCCUCGGUGGCGAAACUACUUGCGAGUUUCAGAGAUUCCUUGGCUGGUCGAUCAUUCCAUUGAUGGCAAGGUCAUCUUUCCCGGUGCGGGUUACAUCAAUAUGGCCAUGGAAGCCGCCGCGCGGUUAAGCCGAAACUCUGUCGGAAGUCUUAAAUCCAUUACACUAGCCGACGUCUCCGUGAAAUCCGCACUCGUGGUGAGCGAGAAUGACAUGGGAACGGAGGUCAUUGUAGAGCUUUCCCCUGUUGUGGAAUCCGCUAAGACUACGUCGAGCGUAUGGCAUCACUUCGUCAUCUUCUCCAUUGAUGAAGCCGGCAACCAGCGUGAACACUGUACAGGAAUGGUUAAAGCCGAGCUCGGCAGCCCCGAGGCCAUCGACUUGAAGAACGAGACACAUACACAUACCCACACCAUCCGAAGUGUGGGCCGCGAACAAUACUAUCACCGGCUGCAUUCCAUGGGGCUACAGUAUGGAAAGACAUUCCAGCUUCUAACAGGAAACAUUGAAAGUGGGCUCAGCAAUGCGACGGCGCCCAUAUCUUGGCAGCCGAGCUUAUUCUCCCAAGAGGAAAGCGAGCUUUGUAUUGUGCAUCCUGCAUUCCUAGAUGCGGCAUUCCACCCAGUCUUUGCCUCGAUUGAAGGACACCUGGGUAAGACACUUAAAGAGCCUUAUGUCCCUACGUUCCUGCGUUCCAUGAAGGUGUCUGGUCUUCUGGAUGCGUGGAAGGCCUCCCCAUCCGGAUUUCAAGGCCAGGUCUCGGUAAAGACAAAUGCGGCUGGACCACGGACUGCGAUAAACGAGGUUCAGAUCAAAAGUCCUAAUGGUCAACUGCUCAUUGAAAUUCAAGGCCUCGAAUUGACCAAUCUCGGAGCAAACUCGGCAGACGACACACGCCGAUCCCUUUUCUUUGGAGUGGAGUGGCAGCCGAUGUUAAGUUCCCUCCCAUUUGCAGGCCACAACCUCACCAAGAUCGGCGGCAUUCCGGGAAUCGUCAAGUUAUACGCGCAUCAAUUUCCGAACAAGAAGAUUUUGCAUUGCACCCCAUCUGAGUCCUCAACGGCUGAGAUCUUAAGGGGUCUGCGAGGUGUGGACGGGGACCGUCGGAAUUUCCGGCAAUUGGUCAUCUCCCCUGUUGCCUCUGCAGCUGCUGACACCUUUCACGACACUUUCCAGCACUGGGGCGGGUUGGUGCAUGUUGCUACUCCAGAAGAUCUCGAAGGAGACAAGUUCGACCUGGUUGUGAUAUCAACUACUCCAGAUGUUCACAUGUUCGAUCAGGUGUCCGAUGAGGGAUACCUGCUAGUAACUGGCGACUGUGAGAAUAUCCCGGAUGGAUUCAAUCUUGUUCUGCAGACCCCUGGGUUACAUCUGUGGCAGAAGAAUUCCUAUACCAAUGGAGCCCAUGAACGAACUCUCUCCGUUAUCAUGCCCAGUCAAUGUUCGCCGGAAGCUGAGGCAUACGUAUCUGCCCUUGAAGCGCAGGGUUCGCAUCGCAUCGAGCGUCGAGAAUUUCUCUCCUUGGCCAACACGCGUCCCAGUCUUGGUGACGAUGUAAUCGUUCUCGCCAGCCUUGACACUCAGCUGUACUUCGAUGCAAAGGCCAGUGGCCGAGCAGAGUUUUACGCCGCGCAAGAACUUUUUACAAAUGGUGCACGCAAUAUUGUCUGGGUAACACGAGGAGGUCUUAUGGAUGUUUCGUCUCCGGAACAGGCUCUGAUCCUCGGUCUGGCUCGCACGGCACGUAGCGAAAAUCCUGACCUGCGCCUGGUGGUGUUUGAUAUGGCGCCAGAAUGCGGUGCAGCCCGUUCCGCAGCGCUGGCAACACACCUUCUAGAUCCAUCUAUCAGCGAGAAUGAGGUCGCAGAGCGCGAUGGAAUCCUAUACAUCCCACGCAUAGUGGCCAAUGACCAGUUGAAUUCGAAACUGCCCAAUGGGGUAGGCGCCGAACCAACUAUUCAGCCACUGUACCAGCCAAAUAGGCCACUUGCUCUACGGAUUGGUCGGCCAGGAUUGUUGGAAACUCUGACAUUUGCGGAUGAUGCAGAAAUUUCAAAUGAGCCUUUGGGAGCAGAUGAUCUGGAGAUCGAGGUCAAGGCGUCUGCCAUUAAUUUCCGCGACAUUGCUGCCAGCAUGGGCAUAAUUGACGAUUUCAAACUCGGCGACGAAUGUGCCGGAGUGAUUCUGCGCAAAGGAGCCAACGUCUCCGAUGCCUUCGCUGUGGGUGACCGUAUUGUCGCGUGGCGUCCAGGACAGGGAGCUCACCGCACAGUGGUGCGAAACCCAGCCUCGCUCUGCUACCGAUUAGGGGAAAUGUCUUUCAGCGUUGCCGCUGCUAUUCCCUUAAUUCUUACUACUGCGCAUUACUCGCUCAUAGAUACCGCACGUCUCCAGCCGGGUGAGACUGUCCUCAUCCACUCGGCGGCUGGAGGAGUUGGCCAGAUGGCAAUUCAGAUUGCCCAAAACAUUGGGGCAAACAUAAUUGCGACUGUGAGCUCGCCUUCCAAGCGCGCGCUUCUAACCUCAAGAUACGGCCUACACGACUAUCAGAUUCUGUCCUCGCGAGACGACUCCUUCGUGCACGGUGUCCAGCAGCUAACAAACGGCAGAGGAGUGGACGUGGCACUCAACUCCCUAGCCGGCCCUUUGUUGCAUGCGACCUGGCAGUCACUCGCUCCCUUCGGAAGAUUCGUCGAAAUUGGGAAGCGCGAUAUCCAUCAGAAUAGCAGAAUCCCCAUGGAUCCUUUCCGGCGCAACGUCUCUUUUGCUAGUGUCGACAUGAUUACUGUAUUCGAGAAAAAUAAGCCCCUGGGGGCCCGAGUGUUCCAGGAAUGCUGUGCCCUCGUCCAUGACGGCAAGAUUCAACCACCUGAGCCGAUCACAGAGCUGUCUUAUGCCGAGGCACAGAAGGGAUUCCGGAUGUUGCAGAUGGGAAACAUGAUUGGAAAGAUUGUGUUGGUUCCUGGUCCAGAUGACCAUGUUCUCGUAGAACCGACCAAAUUCAGUCGCCGCAAGCUUUUCCGGUCAGAUAAAACGUAUCUCCUCGUUGGCGGCCUCGGAGGUCUCGGACGUCGUCUCAGUGAAUGGCUCUUCCAGCGAGGAGCACGACAUCUAGCCUUCCUGUCUCGUUCCGGUGCCGACAAAAGCGAUGCUCGAGAGACAGUGGAAUGGCUCCAAGCACGAGAGGUAGAGGUAACAGUAUUCCGGGGCGAUGUCACUGACGCCGCCUUUGUCCAUCAAGCCGUGCAACACAUCGGCGCUACAAACCUGGCUGGUAUCUUUCAGGCGGCCAUGGUCUUGCAAGACGCGCCAUUCGAUAAGAUGGGCUACAAUCAAUGGCAACGCUGUCUAGGUCCAAAAGUUCAAGGGACAUUCAACCUCCAUUCAGCAACAGCAGACAUGGCCUUGGAUUUCUUUGUCUGCUUCUCAUCCGUCUCGGCAAUACUCGGAUCCAAGGGCCAAGCGAACUACUCCGCAGCCAAUACAUAUAUGGAUGCUCUCUGCCGCUACCGUCGUAACAUCGGGUUGGCCGGCACAACCAUGGAUGUAGGUAUGAUCACCGGCAUUGGCGCAGUGUCUGAAGACGCGAAGCUCCAGACCAUCAUGGAGCGGAUUGGAUAUGAUGCAGUGAACGAAGAAGAGUUAUUUGCCCAAAUUGAAGUCGCUGUGUCAGGAGAACAGCAAGCGAUCGCUGACUCCCAGGGUCGGGAAACACAUCAGACUAUCACAGGUGUCAAUCUCAGACGCCCAGACUACUACUGGACGACAGAGCCUCGGUUCAGAAAUCUCUACGCCAAUCAUGAUUUUGCCGGUUCAGGGUCUGGCACUGGAGCGCAGAAGAACUUGAUGGCUCAACUACAGGAGGCGUCGGAUGAGACUGCACGCAUUGAGAUACUAACUACGCGAUUCCUGGAGAAGAUUGCGGCCGUGCUUUCAGUUGACCAGUCGACACUGCAGCCCAACCGGAGUCUCGCCGACUAUGGCCUGGACAGCAUUGUUGCCAUAGAAAUCCGCCAGUGGUUCUUCCAAACGGUUGCGGUCGAGCUCGCCAUGUUUGAUGUUUUGAACAGCGGAAGUAUCCAGGCAUUAGUCAACAAGGUCGCUGGGAUGAUUGUCCUGAACGCGUCGGAGGCUAAAACUACAACCAAGCAAGGGGAGGCUGCAUCCCCUCAAAGUUCCCAGUCCACCCAGGUAACCCUACCAAAGGUGGACGGUGCAUACUUGGAUAACGUGCUAGGAGUGGAGGAUGUGCCCAUGUCGACAUUUCAGCGUCGUUUGUGGUUUAUACAUAACAUGGCAGAGGACGCCUCCUUCCUCAACCUGCCUACAGUCUUCCAUCUCAAGGGUAACCCGCAAGCUGACAUUGUACGAUGUGCUCUCCAAGAGAUGAAACGUCGGAACGACAUCCUCCGGACAGCUUACUUUGAGGGUGAUCAGAUCUCGCAGCAGCAGGUGAUGGAGGAUUGCACUGUCGACCUCCCUAUGUUGGACGUCUCAUCGGCAGCAAGCCCUCCCGAUUCCCUCCGGGAACAUGUCUCCGGCCUGACACGUCGGCCGCUGGACAUUGAGUCCGGUGAGGUUAUGAAGGCUUCGCUGGUGAAGCUAGCCGACACCGAGCAUGCGCUUGUUCUCAUCUUCCAUCACAUUUGUAUCGACCGUGGUAGUAGCCAGUCAUUCCUUGAGCAGUUCACCGGCCUAUACGACAGUCUGAAACGCGGUACCAACCUUGACGCCGUGCCACAUCCCUCCGUCAGUUACGGUGAUUUCAGCCGUUGGCAUAAUGCCCGUUUGGCAUCUGCGGAGAUGCAAUCAACCCUGGACUUCUGGAAGAAUGAGUAUCGGAAGCAUCCAGCACCGAUGAAAUUGCUCCCAUUUGCGAAAACAUCUCGACCAGAGUACAACGACUAUCAGCGUCAGAUCCACCGUGCGACGCUGAAGACAACGUUGCAAAAUCGCAUGAAGCGGAUCUGCGCACGUCUCGGGGUCACCCCGGCGCAGUUCCUGAUGGCCGCCUUCCGGACCUUCCUCUAUCGGUACGGUCAGGAGGAGGACCUGACGCUGCAUAUGGUGGAUGGUAAUCGACCUCAUCCGGCUGUUAACGACACAUUGGGAUUUUUCGUCAACGUGGUGCCUGUUCACUGUGCGGCAGACCUCACUGGCACUUUUGAAAACGUCCUGCAACAGGUAAAGGAACAAAUCAUGGCGGCACUCGCACACUCCCAGCUGCCCUUCGACGCUAUCGUGGAUGCGGUAGGUGUUGAACGCAAUCCCGCUCAUUUUCCCCUGGGCCAGGUUAUUGUCAAUUAUCAAAUCCAUGGAACCAUGCCAAUCUACCCAGCCAGUGACUUUGACAUCACCGAUGUCAAGGGCGAGGACAUUCCCACUGCAUGCGAACUCGCCCUUGAAGCCCUGGAGGACCCGUCUAAGGGUCUGCAGCUGCGUCUGGAGUCUUCGAGCACACUCUACGGUGAGGCGGACAUGGACCGCUUCCUCGACAAUUUCGUCGCGUUCAUGAGCAGCGCCAUCCGUGACCCGCGUCAACCCGUGGUUGAGAUGGGCCUGGUAGGACCGAAAGAGAUGAACUACUUGAAGGAGAGCUUUUAUAAUUUGAAACGCACUGAGAAUCACUGGAACCACCAGUCGGUGGCAGGCCGCAUCAUGGAAAUUGCUCGCGAACAACCCACUGCAGUGGCCAUCGAGUCGUCCGAGAAUGUUCGACUAACAUAUGAAGAAUUACUAGCCACUGCUAGUGAUAUCGCGGCGGCAAUCCAUUGUGCCAGUGUCUCUCCUGGAACAAAAGUCGGGAUAUUCAGCCGCCCAGGACCGGCCACCAUCUGCGCCAUGGUUGGCAUCCUACUCGCUGGGUGCGGUUUCGUGGCGCUCGAUCCCGAGUUUGCCUCGGAGCGUCUGGCGUUUAUGAUAUCCGACUCAGGCACUCCCCUUGUCCUCGCGGGACCCGGACUCGAAGAGAAUGCUCAGCGUCUCGGGAUCAAGGCUGCUGUGACGGUGUUGGAACUCGCGUCUAUCCCGGCAGCUGGCAGGAUACCUCAACUCCCGCCCCCGUUGAAAAAAUCCCCAUUCUAUGUUAUCUACACUUCAGGUAGCACCGGCGCCCCGAAAGGGGUCGUUUUGACCCAGUCAAAUACGCAGCAAAUGCUGAGCACUUUGCAUCAUGAUUUCCAGUUUACACCCCAAGACCAUUUCCUCCAUCACUCCUCCAUUUCAUUUGACCUGUCGAUCGUUCAAAUCUUCUCCGCCCUGACUUCCGGAGCCCGCGUGUGUGUAGCAUCCAGCACCAUUCGCAAAGACCCCAUUGCUUUGGCUACGUACAUGGAGGCAUCCCAGAUCUCGGUCACUUAUUUCACGCCAACCCAAUUUGCCCUGUUGAUGGAGCAUGCAACGGAAAAGCUCCAACGCCUGCAGAACUACCGGAUCGCCUACUUUGCGGGAGAGCGGCUACCGGUGCGCGUCGUCAAGGCCUUCUAUGAUCUAGGAACACCUGCGGUGGUCUACAACACUUGGAGCCCCAGCGAGCUUGUCGUGCAGACAACCAUCCAGCGUGUCAAUAAGCCUACCGACGACAGCAGCAGUAUCCCCAUCGGUUUCCCUAUGGCCAACACGCGCCACUACAUCUUGGGAGACCGAGGUAGGCCACUCCCCGCAGGCCUCGUCGGUGAGAUUGUCGUCGGCGGCGCCCAGGUAGGUCUUGAGUACAUUAAUCGGCCCGAUGCCAAUGAGAAGGCCUUUCAUCCGGACCCAUUCUGUUCAGAAGAGGACAAGCAACAGCAUGGGUGGACGCGGAUGUUCAGGACAGGGGACCGCGGCCGGUACCUGCCUGGUGGCAACCUCGAAUUCCAUGGGCGAAUUGCAGGGGAUAAGCAAAUCAAACUCCGUGGCUACCGGAUUGAUCUCGGGGAAGUGGAACACCGCCUAUUUGUUGAGGCCAACAAAGACCCCACGGGGCCCGGCAUUGUUGACUUGGCUGUGAUUGCUCGUCGAGUGGUAGUGGACAGCGAGAGCCAUGGUGACGAUCGCCAACUCAUUGCUUUUGUCGUGCCCAAAAAGCACCUAGACAAGCAUGGAAUGUCAGCCUUUGCAGUGCGCUUGAAUCAAUACGGAAGCCGGUAUCUGAAUCCGUACAUGCUGCCCAGUGCAUAUCAGUUUCUCCAGGCUCUGCCGGUCACGAUCGGCGGCAAAAUCGACCGGCAACAACUGCUUCAUGGAGAUCUGCGCCUGACGUACCCCAUUGAGGAAGCUCAGAUCCAACGAGCUCAACUGAACAACGGGCAUGCCAAUGAAGUAUGUGCAGAGUCGGUUGUGGCUACCGUCAUGGACGGCUUCCGCGACGUGCUCAAGCUUCCUCGGGACCGGCCCAUCGCUCCCAGCGACAGCUUCUUCGCCCUUGGGGGCAAUAGUAUCAUGCUGGUCCGGCUGCAGGCUCGCCUCAAGCGUGCCUUAAAGAAACCACUCGCCCUAAACCCCAUGUUUAAAGCGCCAACACCUCAAGGCAUUGCACAGAUUCUCGGGGGAGGGUCCAUCACCACCACGUCCGCAACGACGAAGCUUGAGAUUGACUGGGAUGAAGAGACGAGUCUCAACUUCCAACUGCAGUCCCCCAGCGUGCCGAAGAUCGCGGCAUCUGACAUCAGCUCCAUCCUUCUCACCGGUGCGGACAGCUUCAUCGGCGUUCACAUGCUGGCCACCAUUCUGCAAGACCCCGGUAUUGCUACCGUCUAUAUCCUGGGCUCGCAGAAACAGCUCCAGUACUCCGAUGUGGAAGCGGCCUUCGACCACUAUCGCCUGUGGCCCUUGUUUCCCAACCCGGAACUUGUUGCCCCCCGUAUUAUUUGCGUGGCAGGGUCACUUGGUUCUCCGCGGUUCGGGCUCUCGUUACCGCAAUUCCGCCGUCUCGCAGGUCGCGUGCAAGCCAUCUACCACCUCGGCGGUUACGUUUCCCUGUUACAACCAUACGACGCCCUCCGCUCGUUGAAUGUCGAGUCUGUUCGCGACGUGAUCGAUGUCGCCCGUCUGGGGGCAGUGCAAACGCACAUCCACCACCUCUCAACCUGGUCCGUCCCUCAUCUGCAGACCUGGUCGACCUCCCAGCGGACUACUCCCCAGAAAACCAUCGCAGGCGAAGGCAGUGCUAGCCAUUUCACACCAGAGGCCAGCAACCGCUUUGGCUAUUUCAAGUCCCGGUGGGUGGCGGAACGAUUGAUGGAACAGGCAGCCGAGCGUGGUUUUCCCGUCACGAUAUACCGGGCUUCAGCCGCGACGGGAAGUAGCGUGACCAGCGUCCCCGAGCCCAAAGACGACUUCAUUCGCACCAUGAUCUUAAGCAUGGUACAGGCGGGCGCGGUUCCCGAUUUGACGCAGGCCGACCUGGCCUUCGUGGCCGACUUUGUUCCGGUGGAUUAUCUGACGGAGGGCUUCCAUGCACUGGCGACAUCAGGCCUGCAGCCUCCAAUAGAUGGGAAAGAAGCAACAUUCCAUCAUUUAUGCAAUCCAUCGCCCCUGCCGAUUUCCCGUCUUCCUAGUCUUGUAGGAGAGAUUCUCGCGGAACCCGGCCGUGCAGGCAAAACGCUGCCCGUGGCCGAAUGGUUGGAAACAGUGUCUCGCAUGGAUGAUUCCCCGGAUGCACGCGUUCGCUGGGAAGUACUAUCGGAGUAUUUUGAUCUUGGACAUAAUAUGUUCGCGCUGGAGUCGAGCAAGACGCGCGAGAAGUUGAGAAGACUGGGCGUGGUGGAGUGUCCGCCGAUCGGGGCAGAAUAUCUGCGGACGAUGCUGGAGAGCUCGAGGUAG